UAUUUUUUUUUGCAAAGAACAAACAAAAAAACCGCUGUGAGGAAACGAGCCCGACCUCGGGGGUUUUAGGUGCGACCAGCCGCGAGAUUCAGUCAACCGCCGAUUCAUUCAUUUCUCUUCCGGGGACUUCUUCUUCUUCGUUGGUAAAUGGGCCGAACGUCGCGCUGAUCGCCCGCCGAGAGAGAGAGGAGACCCGGGCUAUGAGGACAGAGGCUCGCUAGCUUCGGCUGCUAACAGUUCGUUUCUCGUUCCGGACCGGAACCACAAUAAGUCGCGGCCCUGGCAAUGCCCUCGAGUGUACGGGCGGGCAACCUGAAAGACCCCGAAGUGGCGGACCUCUUCUGCAAAGACGAUCCGGAGAAGCUCUUCGCCGACCUCCGUGAGAUCGGACAUGGCAGCUUCGGAGCCGUUUACUUUGCCCGAGACAUUCGCAACAAUGAGGUGGUGGCCAUCAAGAAGAUGUCGUACAGCGGCAAGCAGACCAACGAGAAGUGGCAGGACAUCAUCAAAGAGGUGAAGUUCCUGCAGAAGCUCCGGCACCCGAACACCAUCGAGUACCGAGGAUGUUACCUGAAGGAGCACACGGCGUGGCUGGUGAUGGAGUACUGCCUCGGCUCGGCCUCAGACCUCCUGGAAGUUCACAAAAAGCCGCUCCAGGAAAUGGAAAUAGCUGCGAUUACCCAUGGUGCACUGCAGGGACUCGCGUACCUUCACUCUCACAACAUGAUUCACAGGGACGUGAAAGCAGGAAACAUCCUGCUGACGGAGCCCGGUCAGGUCAAACUGGGGGACUUCGGUUCUGCUUCCAUCGUGGCUCCGGCCAACUCCUUCGUGGGGACUCCGUACUGGAUGGCUCCAGAGGUGAUCCUGGCCAUGGACGAGGGCCAGUAUGACGGGAAGGUGGACGUGUGGUCUCUGGGCAUCACCUCCAUCGAGCUGGCGGAGAGGAAGCCCCCCCUCUUCAACAUGAACGCCAUGAGUGCCUUAUACCACAUCGCCCAGAACGAAAGCCCCAUCCUCCAGUCCAACCACUGGUCUGAUUCCUUCCGUAACUUCGUGGACUCCUGCCUGCAGAAGAUCCCUCAGGACCGGCCGACCUCGGAUGUGCUGCUGAAUCACCGCUUCCUGUGCCGCGAGCGCCCGCUCACAGUCAUCAUGGAUCUGAUCGCUCGCACUAAAGACGCCGUGAGAGAACUGGACAACCUGCAGUACCGCAAGAUGAAGAAGAUCCUCUUCCACGAGACCCAGCAGAACGGGCCCGUGUCCGAGGGAGGGGAGGACGAGGAGGAGGCGGAGCAGUACCUGCUGCGCAGCGGCACCGUGAACAGCAUGGAGAGCUCCCAGUCCGUGCCCAGCAUGUCCAUCUCCGCCAGCUCACACAGCUCCUCCGUCAACAGCCUGGACCGCGGCUCCGACAGCAGCGGGGAGAUGGCCAUGAUGACAGAGGGGGAGCACACCGUCACCUCCAACAGCUCCAUCAUCCACCAGCCCACGGGCCAGGAUAACAUCUAUGAUGACCCGUACCAGCCUGAGAUGGACCAGCCUCAGGCUCCUUCAGCCGGACGCCGUCGAGCUUAUUAUCGCAACCGGGACCACUUCGCCACCAUCCGGACCGCCUCCUUGGUCACCCGUCAGAUCCAGGAGCACGAGCAGGGCUCGGCCCUGCGGGAGCAGAUGUCCGGCUACAAGCGCAUGCGCCGGCAGCACCAGAAGCAGCUGAUGGGGCUGGAGAACAAGCUGAAGGCCGAGAUGGACGAGCACCAGCUGAAGCUGGACAAGGAGCUGGAGACCCAGAGGAACAGCUUCUCCUCGGAGGCCGACAAGCUGGGCAAGAGGCAGCAGGCCGUCCUGGAGAAGGAGGUGAAGGCGGCGCUGGCGGAGGAGAAGAAGUUCCAGCAGCACAUCCUGGGCCAGCAGAAGAAGGAGCUCACCGGCCUCCUGGAGGCCCAGAAGCGCCAGUACCGCCAGCGCAAGGACCAGCUGAAGGAGGAGCUGAGCGAGAACCAGUCCACGCCCAAGAGGGAGAAGCAGGAGUGGCUGGUGCGCCAGAAGGAGUGCAUGCAGCAGAUGCAGGCGGAGGAGGAGGCGGGGCUUCUGCGGCGCCAGCGGCAGUACUACGAGCUGCAGAGCCGCCAGUACAAGAGGAAGAUGCUGCUGGCACGCCACGACCUGGAGCAGGACCUGCUGCGGGAGGACCUGAACAAGAAGCAGACCCAGAAGGACCUGGAGUGCGCCAUGCUGCUGCGGCACCACGAGUCGACCCAGGAGCUGGAGUUCCGCCAGCUGGGCUCGGUCCAGCGGACCCGGGCCGACCUGAUCCGGACCCAGCACCAGACGGAGCUCACCAACCAGAUGGAGUACAACAAGCGGCGCGAGCAGGAGCUGCGGCAGAAGCACACGGUGGAGGUCCGGCAGCAGCCCAAGAGCCUGAAGUCCAAGGAGAUGCAGAUCAAGCGCCAGUUCCAGGAGACCUGCAAGAUCCAGACCCGGCAGUACAAGGCGCUGAGGAACCACCUGCUGGAGAGCACUCCCAAGUCCGACCACAAGGAGGUCCUCAAACGCCUCAAGGAGGAGCAGACCAGGAAGCUGGCCAUCCUGGCAGAGCAGUACGACCACAGCAUCAACGACAUGCUGUCCACUCAGGCUGUGAGUAAGCUGCGUCUGGACGAGUCCCAGGAGGCGGAGUACCAGGUGCUGCGGAUGCAGCUGCAGCAGGAGCUGGAGCUGCUGAACGCGUAUCAGAGCAAGAUCAAGAUCCACACGGACUCGCAGCACGAGAGGGAGGUGAAGGACCUGGAGCAGAGGGUCUCCAUCCGCCGCGCGCUGCUGGAGCAACGGAUCGAGGAGGAGAUGCUCUCCCUGCAGAACGAGCGCUCGGAGCGCAUCCGGACGCUCCUGGAGCGCCAGGCCCACGAGAUCGAGGCCUUCGACUCGGAGAGCAUGCGGCUCGGCUUCAGCAACAUGGCGCUGAGCGGCGUGCCGGCCGAGGCCUUCAGCCAGGGUUACCCCACGCCAAGCCCCGCCUCCGGCUCCGGGGGCUGGCCCUCCAGGCCCGUGCCGCGCUCCGGCAGCCACUGGAGCCACAGCGUGCAGAACUCGGUGGCCACGCCCUCGUGGAGGAGCCAGAACCACGGAGGAGGAGGAGGAGGAGGAGGAGGAGGAGGUGGUGGUGGGAGCUUCAUGCGGGCCGAGUCCAUCACCUCCUCCCACGGCCUCGGCAGGGACAGCGAGAUGCACAAGAGCAGCAGGAGCCACCCGCCCUCCUCCUCCUCCUCCUCCGCUCACUCCUCCGCCUCCUCCUCUUCCUCCCAUCACCACCACCACCAGCCCCAGCAGCAGCACUACCUCCCUCAGCACUACCAGCACCACCAGAGCACGCCGCAGCUCUACCGCGAGAGCCACGACAGCCGGGACCGCCCCCGGGAGUGGGGGGGAGGUGGAGGAGAAGCAGGGGGGGGAGGUGGAGGAGGAGGCCACUACCCCCACCACCACCACCUGGCCACACACGCCUCCUCCCAGUCGUUGGCUCUGCUGCCUCCUCCUCCUCCCCCUCCCCCGAUCUCCCUCUCCUCCUCCUCCCCGCCCUCCUCCGCCUCCUCCUCCUCCUCGUCUCAGGGAGGCUACGGCGGCCUGAGCAUCCGGGGCCCCGGCCUCAUGGCCCUCAGGAACAGCCCCCAGCCGCUGAGGAGGACGGCCUCCGGGGGGCCGGGGGGGGGCGGGGGCAGCGACGGGGGGCUGAGCCGGAGCACGUCGGUCACCUCCCACAUCUCCAACGGGUCGCACCUCUCCUACUCGUGAGGCUCCUCCCCCUGCUCCUCCUCUUCCGGGACUUCGAAUCGUUCCAAAAGAGAAACAGAGGAAGCCAUUUUUCUUUUUUUAUUAUUGUUGUUGUUGUU